GAAGCUCGGCGCUGCCGCCACAUCCUCCAGAGCUCUGGGUCCAGGCGAGCCGAUUCGAGCCGGGCCAGGACCAAGCGGAGCGCUCCGGCGGCACGAGCGAGCCGAACGCUGAGCCAUGGCACACCAGACCGGCAUCCAUGCCACUGAAGAGCUAAAGGAAUUCUUUGCCAAGGCUCGGGCUGGCUCCGUCCGACUCAUCAAAGUCGUCAUUGAGGACGAGCAGCUCGUGCUGGGUGCCUCGCAGGAGCCAGUGGGACGCUGGGACCAAGACUACGACCGGGCUGUGCUGCCUCUGCUAGAUGCCCAGGAACCCUGCUACCUCCUCUUCCGCCUUGACUCGCAGAAUGCUCAGGGUUUCGAGUGGCUCUUCCUGGCCUGGUCACCUGAUAAUUCACCUGUGCGGCUUAAGAUGUUGUAUGCAGCCACACGAGCCACAGUGAAGAAGGAAUUUGGAGGCGGCCACAUCAAGGAUGAGCUCUUCGGGACAGUAAAGGAUGACCUCUCCCUGGCUGGGUACCAGAAACAUCUGUCAUCCUGUGCCGCACCUGCCCCACUGACUUCGGCUGAGAGAGAGCUCCAGCAGAUCCGAAUCAACGAGGUGAAGACUGAGAUCAGCGUGGAAAGCAAGCACCAGACCCUGCAGGGCCUGGCCUUCCCUCUGCAGCCUGAGGCCCAGCGGGCCCUCCAGCAACUCAAGCAGAAGGCGGUCAACUAUAUCCAGCUGAAGCUGGACUUGGAACGGGAGACCAUCGAGCUGGUGCACACAGAGCCCACAAGUGUGGCCCAGCUGCCCUCACGGGUUCCCCGAGAUGCUGCCCGCUACCACUUCUUCCUGUAUAAGCAUACCCAUGAGGGUGACUCCCUUGAGUCUGUGGUGUUCAUCUACUCCAUGCCGGGGUACAAGUGCAGCAUUAAGGAGCGCAUGCUCUACUCCAGCUGCAAGAGCCGCCUCCUCGACUCCGUAGAGCAAGACUUCCAGCUGGAGAUAGCCAAGAAGAUCGAGAUCGGUGACGGGGCAGAACUGACAGCCGAGUUCCUCUACGAUGAGGUGCAUCCCAAGCAGCAUGCCUUCAAGCAGGCAUUCGCCAAGCCCAAGGGCCCUGGGGGCAAGCGGGGCCAUAAGCGCCUCAUCCGGGGCCCCGGGGAGAAUGGAGAUGACAGCUAGGUGUCUGGACUGGGAACAGGGCCAGGCACAAGGACUGCAGGGUUGCCACCCGAUCACUCCUGCACCUCCUUCCUCCCCAGCCUGGGCUCUAAGGAAUUGCUUCCUGUGGGGCAGGAGGGCAGGUGGCUGAAGACGUUUGCCACUUUCGAGGGCUGCUGGGCCAGCACUUGGUGACCCUGCCCUGUGGCUGUCCCUUCCUCUCAUCUGUGUGCACAGGGCAGCUGGGGACCCUCACCUGGCUCUUUCAAGGUGUCUGAGUGGGAGACCUGGCAUGAACCUAGCCUCCAGAUCUGAUGCUAUAGUCCCUGUUCAGUCCAGAAGCCUUUGGCCACAGAGGGUGGGGACAGUUGGCAGGGGCCAGGUGUCACAGGAAGGGAUGGUUGAACGUUGUAUUUUCUAAAGAAUAAAAUAUUUUUAAAUCAA